AUGGCUAACUCACACGAUGAGGAACAAGUAGAUAUGCGGCGAUAUUCACGGACAAUACUACGAUCUCCUGCAGGUAAACAAUCGCUCGAGACGAUCUGUCUCCUUUUGGCAUACAAAAUCAAAUAUCCAGAAAACUUCUUCAUCCUCCGCGGGAACCACGAGUGCGCGUCGAUCAACCGUAUCUACGGUUUCUACGAUGAAUGUAAACGGAGAUACAACAUCAAGCUGUGGAAGACGUUCACUGAUUGCUUCAAUUGCCUGCCAAUCGCUGCUAUAAUUGACGAAAAAAUCUUCACCAUGCACGGUGGUCUAAGUCCCGACUUAAACUCUAUGGAGCAGAUCCGCCGGGUAAUGCGUCCUACUGAUAUUCCUGACUGCGGUCUUCUCUGCGAUCUUCUGUGGUCCGAUCCAGAUAAAGAUAUAACUGGAUGGAGCGAAAACGAUAGAGGCGUGUCAUUCACGUUCGGACCUGACGUCGUUUCACGAUUCCUACAAAAGCACGAUAUGGACCUUAUAUGUCGUGCCCAUCAGGUUGUCGAGGACGGCUAUGAGUUUUUCUCGAAACGACAGUUGGUCACACUCUUUAGCGCGCCCAACUAUUGUGGAGAAUUCGACAACGCAGGAGCCAUGAUGAGCGUUGAUGAGAGCCUGUUAUGUUCCUUCCAGAUCCUGAAACCAGCCGAAAAGAAACAAAAGUACGUCUACGGUGGCAUGAGCAGUGGCAGACCCAUCACUCCUCCUAGGAAACAAAAGAAGAAGUGA